UGGGCUUUGAGUGAUAUGAUGAAAGCAUACUACCUCCUGUAUACAUGUUUUCAUAGUAACGUAUAUUUACAUCGCAUUUUAGUACCCUUUCCCAGACUACCAACGGAAUAGAGGAUUUUGCAGAUAAUUACAGGGUUCACAUACCCUUUUGUUUUCUAGCUUCAUACUUAGAGCCACUGUCAUACUUAUGGGGAAUAUCCUUAUUGGAGGAACGUAAAGUAAAACAGCAGCAUGAACUCUGGAUUCAUUAUUGCCCAUGCUGGAGCAGGCUUAUAUUCAGAAAGAAGGGAGCAUUCGGCGAAGGAUGCAUGUGCAAAAGCAUGCAUGCAUGCAAAACUCGAGCUUGAGGCGACAUCUAAUGCAAUCGCAGCGGCGGUAGCAGCCGUAAAGGUACUCGAGGACAGCCCGGUCUGUAACGCUGGUACAGGAUCGAACUUAACUGUCAACGGUGAGGUGGAAUGUGAGGCUGGCUUGAUGGAGUCUCAGACAGGAAUGGCUGCAAGCGUAGGUGUAUGCAAAGACUAUAAGUAUCCAUCCGAGCUUUGCUCAAGACUUUUGAAGAAACGAAAACUUCCAAAAAGUCAUGGUCGAAUACCUCCCUCAAUGAUUGUAAGUCAUGGAGUUAGCGAAUUUUUGAAGGAGGAAGGGUUUCCAACAAAUAGCAACGAGGACUUAAAGACCGAUGGGUCUCGUAAGCAGUAUGAAAAAUGGAAGCAAUUCCUCGAAGACGAUGUCAAAAUACCAACUGCUCAAGAUACAGUCGGUGCAAUAUGCAUUGAUCCCUCUGGCGAAUUCUGCGUGUGCUGCAGCAGUGGUGGUAUACUAUUAAAGUCUACAGGAAGGAUUGGAUCAUCGGCAAUACCUGGCCAUGGAUUCUGGUUAGAUAGACACAUGAAUGCAACGGGAAGCUCUACGUUUGCUACAUGUAUGACCGGAACAGGUGAACAUAUUUCAAACACAAAUUUCGCACUUAGAUGUUCAAACCUAAUGUUGCAUACAGAAGACGAGGUCCAAGUUCUUGAAAGCCUCAUCCGAGAAUUUUGGGAGCAUCCAUCAUCCAAAUAUAUUCCAAACUUAUCUUUAGGAUUCAUUUUUGCGAAAAUGGAAGCAUUUACUGGAUCACAAAGUCGGCGUUUGACAUAUGGCUUUGCAAACUCCUCGCCGGCCAUGGCAAUUGGACAUAUGAAAACCAAUUCAAAAAAGCCUCAUGUCCUUAUUACUAGGAAUCAUGAUAAACCGUAUACCAUUAGUGUUGCCUCCGGUAGGCUUUAAUUGAAUCCAAUCACUCCUUCGUCAUUAAAGCAUUAUUAUUCUUCAACUUUAUAUGAAUUCCUUUUCACUGAAGAAUGACACUUUUAAGACUUUGUUUAUUUGUUACCGUUGUGAAAAUUCAAGCUCGUUAUCCAUCUUUUUGGCGCUAUACCUCGUAGGACAGGGCUAACGAAAUUUAACACUUUUUG